AUGGAACUCAUGGAAUUAAGAGGAGGACUUCAGUCUAGGACUAUGUCUCUCCAAGUUCUACUGGUCCUGCUGCUGUCAGGACCCCUCAUCUCUCUUCAGGAGGAGACUCAAGAGAUUGACAGCAGUGAAAAUGUCCUGGAGAAGGAUUAUAUUUACCCUCAACGUCAUAAGCGUAGUGUUGAUCAAAACUCUGCCCUAAUAGACAAAUGCUCCUAUACUUUUAUUGUGCCACAACAGAAAAACAAUGGUGCGAUCUGUGUGAACUCAAAGGAGGCUGGCACCCAGCCGGAGAGCCAGGUUCAUAAACAGGACUUAGAGCUGCUGAACCUGGAGCUGCAGAAGCAGAGGAAGCAGAUAGAGGCUCUGCAGCAGCUGGUGGAGGUGGACGGUGGCAUUGUGAACGAAGUCAAACUCUUGCGCAAAGAGAGCCGCAACAUGAACUCCAGAGUAACACAGCUGUACAUGCAGCUGCUGCACGAGAUCAUCCGCAAGAGAGACAACGCCCUGGAGGUGUCCCAGCUGGAGACACGCAUGCUCAACCAGACACAUGAAAUGGGACAACUGACUACUCGCUACCGGGAGCUGGAGCUCAAGUACCAGCACCUAUCCACCAUCGCCACCAACCAGAGCUCUCUGCUGGUGCAGCUGGAGGAGCGCUGUAAAAGAGGAGGCUACACUCCUUCAGUCAGUGUGGAGCGAGACAGGAGCACGUAUCUGCGUCCACAGCCUCCUGUGGUGCACCAGCCCCCAGCUCAGACUCCCCCUUUGUCCCCAGGGGGCUAUAGGCCCUUUCACCCUCACACACUGCCCCGACACAACACAAAGACCAUGACCGAUGUCAUGACUAACUCCAUGACCAAUGACAUCCAGAACGACCAGAACCCAAAGGCCCUGCCUCCUCUGCCUGCUCCCACACUCCCCAGCUCCACACACAGCUUCACCAACGAGCCCUCGGGGCCCUUCAAAGACUGUCUACAGGCUCUGGAUGACGGCUACAGCAUCAGCGGCAUGUAUCUGCUCAAACCGGAAAAUGCCAACAAACUCAUUCAGGCUUGGUGUGACAUGAGGCACGACCCGGGCGGAUGGACUGUGAUCCUCAGAAGGCAGGAUGGGUCAGUCAACUUUUUCAGAAACUGGGAGACAUAUAAGCAAGGCUUUGGGAAUAUCAACGGAGAAUACUGGCUGGGUCUGGAGAACAUCUUCUUACUGACAAGCCAAAGCAACUACAAGCUGCUGGUCACACUGGAGGACUGGUCCGGCCGUAAAACCUUUGCAGAGUACGCCAGCUUCCGGACCGAGUCUGAGGCUGAUUUUUACCGGCUUCGCGUUGGCCGAUACCAUGGCAACGCGGGCGAUUCUCUAACAUGGCAUAACGGAAAGCAGUUCACCACACUGGACCGGGACCAUGACACAUACACUGGUAACUGUGCCCACUACCAGAAGGGAGGUUGGUGGUACAACUCCUGUGCUCACUCAAAUCUGAAUGGAGUUUGGUACCGAGGAGGACACUACCGCAGUCGUUACCAGGACGGAGUCUACUGGGCAGAAUUCCGGGGCGGAGCGUAUUCUCUGAAGAAAGUGACCAUGAUGAUUCGUCCCAAUGCAAACACCUACCAUUAA